CUUCCACUUGACUCGUCCUCACCGCUUGGCAUCAUCAUUCAGAACGGCGAAUGUCCCAACUCGUGUGCAGAUGGGGCAUCGUAGGGCUGCCACGCUCCACCGAGGCGAAGCGAUUCCUCGAGGAGGUGGUGGCAGUUGGUGGUGAGGCAGCUCAAUCAGCUCCUAUCCAACACCUCAUCGCUGCCUUGGCAUCGGAUGACGAGGAAGGACUACCAUUACUAGAAGAAUGGUGGAAGCAGGUCAUUGCUGCCGUGCCCUCCUCGUCAUCAGCAUCCACGCAACCACACCUCCUCGGCUCAAUGCAGCAUCUCCUCAGCCACACGCCAGCGCAAUGUCUCCUCCUCUGCCUCUCGUCACCCUCUUCCUCAUCCCACGCCCUCUUCGACUACGCUCACUCUGCCUUAUCCGCUGGCAAGUCGGUGCUGAUCCCUCGUCCGGCGAGCUUGCAGCUCUCUAGCAGUCAAGCCAAGGCAUUGACGCAACUGGCCAAAGAGAAGCGCGCCUGGUUGGGCAUAAUGGUCGUCAAGCGCAAGACUGGCCAGACCAAGGUGGCCGCCAAGAGGCUCACAGCCGUUCAAGAAGCGGCGGUUGCGCUCAAUGGGGCUGCUACCGGUACAUCUCACCUCUCUUCGUCGCCUAUGUCGCCUACGAGCUCGACUGCGGGCACGGCAGGAGCAGGCAACAGCAACUCGUUGCGAUGGGCUGCGGACGAGUGUGCGAGGUGUAGAGAGAGGGGAAUGAUUGAGAGUAACAUGAUUGGGUGGGAGGACAAUAUCGCAUUGCUAGAGUGUCUGGACGAGAUCAGAGCGGCCGAGGGCAGCCUUGCUGCAAGAGCGACUGAGAGACCCUCAGACGAGUCCUCACGGCGAGAGCCAGAGCCAAUGGGGGAGCUGCCAGCACUAUCGCCGACCACGUCAGCGAAACCCGCAGGACCAUCCGAGGCGGCCGCGUCGGACGUCGUACCAGGCAGGGCGAUAGAGUCCACGAGCGAUCCUCAAGAGGGGACUCAGUCCUCGACGGUUCCACCAACGUCAGCUGCUCGCCAGCCCUCAACGCCCAGAAACCGUAUACUCGACAUCGGCCCACGCCACUUUCGCAGAACUCCUGCUCCCGACCAGCGGCGGGUCGACGAGAUCAAGGCGCAAGAAGGUCUUGCGGGGGAGAGCGGCGAAAGCGAUGCGGAUCGGUCGGCUGAUAACAGCACGAGUUUCACAUCGUCGCAGGAUGACAGCUGUGAUUCGAUUUUGGUUGGUCAAGGAGAUGGAGAGCUGAAGCAGAUACAGCGGGACAUUGUUGAUCUGAGGCAUAUGCUGAGGCAAAAGGAUGCACAGAUUGCUGCAUUGAUGGAAGGCAGAGCAGGGCAAGCACCAGACGGCGGAGGGACCACCGAUGGUCAGGGCGAAAUCAUCGUGCCUCUAAGCAAGGCGAAGCUCAGCAAGGGAGCCGGUAUACGUCUCUCGAUGCCUGCUCAAGGCUAUGCAGGCUCGACUCCCUCAGCCGUAGAAGCAUCCCGCCUACCACGACGGAGAGGCAGCAGCGUUGGUAGUCUUCACACCAGCAGCGAGUCAACCACUCCCACACGCGCAACCUUCCCUUCGAUGGGCACACACGAGUCCAUCAACCCGCCGCCGAGCGAAGUCAACAGCAGCACCGUCGGUGGUAGUCGAGGAGGUCCAUCUCCUGGAGGCGGCCGAUCACGGCGCGACGCUGGAACCACUCCUCCCUCUUCGUCCAUCCCGCUGCCCCUGCGCGCGUCGAGCGCGGCGAAUGCUCAGGAGCAGCAGCAGCCUCAGCAUCGCGGCUCGCCUGCUGCCACACGCAUCAGCCUCAAUGGACAGAGCAGCUUGAAAGAGGUCAAGGAGGCCGAGACGGACGUCGACGACGGCGGGACCAGCGAUCGAGCUCCAUCUCAGACGGGCUUCCUCGCUCCGACGCGCGCGAGCGAAAACCGUCGACGAGCCACAAACGACCGGGUACAGGGCAUCCCGCGGUACGUCCGUCGCCCCUCCCUCACCGCCUCGCAAGCGCAAAGUGAAAGGGAGGCCGCCACCUCGCCUUCCUCUCCCGACCCACCCCGAGACCCGAGUCCCGACCUGGUAGUGCAACGCCUUACAAAUGAUGUCGAGCACUAUCGCUCCUCUCUGGAGACCACGCGCCAACAGCUUUCCUUGGCCCAGAGGAAUCUCUCCUCCUUGCAACGGAUGUACGACUCCACCAAAGAGGGGCUUGCCUCAGCACGCGUCGAGUCCGAGCGCCGCGAGACGGCCCUGAUGCGAAAGGACAAGAGCCUUGCGGAGGCACUCGAGCGUGCUCGACGAGCAGAGAGCGAGGUGAAAGAGCUCGGCCGCUCCUCCCGAGAGUGGGGGACGCGUGUCCGCGUAGUAGAAGCAGAGCUGGGCGACGUGCGUCGCCAGACGGCCAAAGCAGAGGGAAGCUAUGAGGCCCUGCGUUCCGCCUGGGCCAAUACGCGAUCCAAGUGGGAAGGCGAGGUCCAAGGCCUGCGCGAAGAGCUCAGGAAGACGGUCGCGGAGCAUCGCGCUGCUGCUCAUGCUGCUCAGAAGAGGCUGGAGGAGGUAGAGGAGCAGUGGAAGGGACGCGAGGGGCAGCGCAAGGGCCUCGAAGCCGUGUUGGAGGCCCUAAGCGGGGAGAGGGAGAAGGCUAGAUUGCAGGUCGUGGCCGAGGUGGGACGAUUGGUGCAACGCGUUGCGCUGGGUGAGGAAGUGAGGCGCGGGCACGAGGGGGACGUCAAGGGGGUUGUGGAGGAGUUAGAGAGGCUGAAGAGGUUGAUGCGCGCCGGGAGUGGAGAUGACUAGAGUAGAUUAGAUAGAGGGCUUCUCUGACUGGUGACGAUGCUACGAGAUUGCUCCGAGACGAUAGUGUAUAUAGGUGCAUGGACACACUUUCUCCCAGUGGAUACCAUCAUGCUUGCCUAUGCCUACUACGCCUUCUGCUGCCCGUUGGGCUCCUCAUCUCGUCGUCUCUUUGCCUGCUCGUCCCAAUGCGCUCGUCCCCAAGUAGCCGCCACUAGCAACGGGAAGACAAUUGUCGCAUCAGCGUACACCUUGACACUCUCCCCUCCCCUCUCUUUACUCUUGAUCUUCCCCCAACUGAUGGCCUCAU